CGUGACUCGGCAUUUUUCAGGGUUUAUAGCGAAACUUAUUACAUUUGUGAUAUAAUAAGAAAACUUAUUCAAAAAUGUUAUAUAUUGUUUUGUCUUCAGUUUAAUCCGUCGGCACCAUUUACAACGGAGACAUUUGGCUUCAUACGGAACCCAAGACUUGGAGACAAAAUUCACUGUGUGGCGUUUGUGGUGGACGGAAGUACUAUUGACGUCAUGCCUGAAAAAAUUCUCAAACAGCUUAAGGAACUACAGGGGAGGAUGAAUCAGAGAAAUAUUCCCCAAGUCGUGUAUUUGACGAAGCUGGACAAAGUCUGCGCAAGCGUGAAUAAGGACGCGUCUAAAUUGUUUCACAGUCCAGCCGUUCGUGACACAGUCGACAAGGUUGCUGACGUCAUGGGACUACCACGUGGCUACAUCAUGCCAAUCAAAAACUACGAGAGUGAAACUAGUUUGGAACCCAACAUUGACAUUUUGAUUCUGAAGGCUUUGAAGCAGACGGCAGAUUUCGCUGACGACUACUUGGAGGAACAAGUGGAUAAAAUGGCCGCCGAAGGAAGAAGAGAGGAGAAAGACUAAAAAAGUGAUUUUUGGUAAAUAAGCGCAAUUAAAUGAAUUCUAAGACAACCAACAUGUACAAAUAUUACACGAGAGCAUGGAGAGGAUAGAUGCAAUACGGAAAGGAAGGUGGUGCUAAAUUCCUGUUGUACAGUAUAUAAGUUAAAGAAUGUUUGUAUAGGAAAGUUGUCAAGACUGAGUAAAUAUAUAGUUUUUGAGGAUCAGGACAUCUGCGAUCAGUUCAGUGAUAAGAAAGUUGAUAGUUCUAGACAGCCGUUUAAAUACUCAUGUUAAAUAUUUUUUGGAUACUAGUUAUACAUGUGUAUGUUACGCAGGAUGAUUGUGAUUGCACGCAAUCACGUGAUAAUAUACAUUUAAGAAACGCAAAUAAAUAGGUGCUAUAAUAAUACUUUUUUCUGUGUUAUAUAGAUCUGUUCCUAAAAUAAUUCAUUAACAAGUUUAAAAAAGUUACAGAAGCUUUUCAGAACGAAGUUGAAUUUUUUAGUUCGAUGUUUAGUAACCAUCUGCAUCUUUGUCUUUAUUGUAAACAAGUAUACCGGUAUUCCCUCCGCUGGUAUGAUUACGGGGUACCUGGUAUUUCUUUUUACUGUUUGAGAGGGGCUCUCUUUGGUAUUUUGAUGUGUAAAUCUUAAACGCGCCAUUUUUCUCAUUACUCUAUGUACUGUGAAGAUUGCAAACUGAUAAAUAAAGUCUUUUUAUAAUUAGAAAUAAAUUUUAUUGUUACAA